CACAAUAUAGUAUUCCAUCGAGAAAUUAAGAAGAAGAAGAAAGCAAAGAGCUAGAGAGCCCCGCGCGCCUCCCACUCCCACUCCCACCGCGCUUAAAUGCCCCUCUUUUUCCUCCUCCUCCGGCCUACUAUAACUUAACCCCUCUCCCUUCUCCUCCCUUUGCUCUCAUACAUAUUAAGAGCCAAACAAGCUUACCGGCCGGCGCGCGCCCUCCGCCAACACGCGCCAGAAGCUAGCCAGCAAUGCACAUUGCGACCUGCGUGUGGCAAGAGAAGAAGCAGGAGGAGGGGCGCCGUCGUGGUGCCAUGGGCGCCGCCGCUGCGUCUGGUAACAAGGGCGAGUACUGGACCAGGGCGUCGCUGCUGGCGCUCCUGGCCGCGGCCGGCGGCGCGCUCAACUGCGCCGUGAGCUUCCUCGUGUUCUCGCUCCUGGACCUGCUGGACCCGGUGCUCUGCCUCGUCUACAAGGUCGUCGACUACGCCGUCGAGGCCGAGUGGAAGCCCUGCUACUGCUCCUCCUCAUCCUCUUCUUCAUCUUCUUCCUCUUCGUCUUCCCCGUCUCCGGCGCCGGCGCCGGGGACGACGACGAAGGUGGUGCGGCUGACGACGUCAGCAGCCAAGACCAACGGCAGCCACAACAAGGCGCUGCAGGUGGAGGACGUCUCGGACACGCUCUACGUCCGCGCCUCGCUGCUCUCCGACGCCACACGGAGCUACAACAACAACAAAUCGGGCCCGGGCCCAGCGUCAGCGGCGGCGCCGUCGCUGACGGUGAGCCCGGCGAUCGUCGCCGAGCUGAUCCGCGAGAAGGCGGACCGGGCCCCGCGCACGGCGCGGCAGGCCAGGCCAUGCUGGUCCGACUGCGACUGCAAGCUCUGCCACUCCUGGAGCGCCACGGCGUCCCGGUCCUCCCACCUCUACGUGCACGUCCAAUCCCCGCCGUCCCCCGCCGACAACAGCAGCGCGGAUCUCGAGGCGGUGGUAUUCAUCCACGGGUUCAUCUCCUCCUCCGUGUUCUGGACGGAGACGGUGUUCCCGGCCUUCAGCAGCGCGGCCCGGGCCCGGUACCGGAUGUACGCGGUGGACCUGCUGGGCUUCGGGCGCAGCCCGAAGCCCGCGGACUCGCUCUACACGCUGCGGGAGCACGUGGAGAUGAUCGAGCGCUCCGUGCUGCAGCGCUACCGGCUGCGAUCCUUCCACGUGGUGGCUCACUCGCUGGGGUCCGUCCUGGCGCUGGCCCUCGCCGUCAAGUACCCCGACGCCGUCAAGUCCCUCACGCUCCUCGCCCCGCCGUAUUUCCCGGUGCCGGAGGAGGAGGCGGGGGCGGCGACGCAGUACGUGAUGCGGCGGGUGGCGCCGCGGCGGGUGUGGCCGCCGAUCGCCUUCGGGGCGUCCAUGGCGUGCUGGUACGAGCACGUCAGCCGGACCAUCUGCCUCACCAUCUGCAGGCACCACAGGGUAUGGGACCGACUCUUCAGGCUCUUCACACGGAACAGGAUGCGGACGUUCCUGAUCGAGGCGUUCAUGUGCCACACGCACAACGCGGCGUGGCACACGCUGCACAACAUCAUGUGCCUGAGCGCGAGCAAGAUGGAGGCCUACCUGGACGUGGUGGCGGGGCAGCUGGCGUGCAAGGUGGCACUCUUCCACGGCCGCGACGACGAGCUGCUCCCCGUCGACUGCACGCUGGCCGUCGGGGCCCGCGUGCCCCGGGCCCGCGUCACCGUCUACGAAGGCAAGGACCACAUCACCAUCGUCGUCGGACAGGAGAAGCUCUUCGCCGCCGAGCUCGAAGCCAUCUGGAAAGCCGCCGCCCAGGACUAGUAGCUAGCAUCUACGUACUAGUAAAGGACGCACGUUCGUCUGAUACCCUACUCUACGUACAGUGCACGUACAUGACUAAAGGAGGAGAAAGGCUGGAAAGGAUAUUUAUGGCCCCGUGGGAAAGAAGGCAAUAACGGUUACCCUGCCAGGCUAGCUGCAGGGAGAAGAGAUGCAAUGCAUCAUGCAGCAUUGCAGCAGCCCUGGUGGUGGAGUGCUACUACAGUAGGAUUGGAUGAGCAAGCCUAUCCUGUCCUUUCCAACAACUAUAAAUACAUACAGUUGUAUCAUUUCCUUUUUAUAUUUUCUUCUUUUUUUGGUGGUAAUUAAUUAAUUAAUCAUAAAGUGUUGUUGUUAAUUGUUUGAUUGGACCAACCUGGCCAAUUGUCCUCCUCCUCAUCAUCCAUCAGCUCCAGAACUGUAAUAUACAUAUACGUACACGCCAGUUUAAUUAUAUGUGUAUAUGGACGUGAAAGCGGAAUUAAUUCA